GCAAUCAUAUAGCUAAAGCUAGUUGUUGCGAAAACAGAAUGUUCCUGCGCUGACACAGACAAGCCGCCCCAUGUCAAAAAAUUCUGGACAGUUACAGUAUAUUGCAGGAAGAAACUAUAGGCAACCUAUAUCGGCAAACCAAGAUGGAGUGUGAGUGGAAACCAGACGAGCAAGGACUUCAGCAAAUCAUACAGCUUUUAAAAGAGUCACAGUCGCCUGAUACCUCCACUCAAAGAUCCGUACAGCAAAGACUCGAACAGCUCAAUCAGUUCCCAGACUUCAACAACUACCUGAUAUUUGUUCUCACGAAGCUGAAGUCAGAAGACGAGCCGACCCGCUCCCUGAGUGGGCUGAUCCUGAAGAACAACGUGAAGGCCCACUACCACAGCUUCCCCAAUGGCGUGUCCGACUUCAUCAAGAGCGAGUGUCUGCAGAACAUUGGAGACGCUUCGCCCCUCAUCCGGGCCACCGUGGGUAUCCUCAUCACCACCAUCGCCUCCAAGGGGGAGCUGCAGAACUGGCCGGAGCUGCUGCCCAAACUCUGCCUCCUGCUGGACUCGGAGGACUACAACACCUGUGAGGGAGCGUUUGGAGCCCUGCAGAAGAUAUGUGAGGACUCGGCGGAGAUUCUGGACAGCGACAUGCUAGACCGGCCCCUCAACGUCAUGAUCCCCAAAUUCCUGCAGUUCUUCAAGCACAGCAGCCCCAAGAUCAGGUCACACGCUAUCGCCUGCGUCAACCAGUUCAUCAUCAGCAGAACCCAGGCUCUCAUGCUGCACAUCGACCCCUUCAUAGAGAACCUGUUUGCCUUGGCGACGGACGAGGAGCCGGAGGUGAGGAAGAACGUGUGCAGGGCCCUGGUGAUGCUGCUGGAGGUCCGCAUGGACCGCCUGCUGCCGCACAUGCACAACAUCAUCGAGUACAUGCUGCUGAGGACCCAGGACCAGGAUGAGAACGUGGCCCUGGAGGCCUGCGAAUUCUGGCUCACACUGGCCGAGCAGCCCGUGUGUAAGGACGUGCUGGGUGGACACCUCUCCCAACUCACUCCGGUGCUCGUCAACGGGAUGAAGUACUCUGAGAUCGACAUCAUUCUCCUCAAGGGCGAUGUGGAAGAGGAUGAGGCCAUCCCCGACAACGAGCAGGACAUCAGGCCGAGGUUCCACCGCUCGCGCACGGUUGCCCAGCAACACGAGGGCGACGGCAUCGAGGACGAGGAUGACGAGGAUGACGACGAUCUGGAUGACGACGACACCAUCUCCGACUGGAACCUGCGUAAGUGUUCGGCGGCAGCGUUGGACGUGCUGGCAAACGUGUUCAGGGACGACCUGCUCCAACCCAUCCUGCCCCUGCUCAAGGAGCUGCUGUUCCACCAAGACUGGGCCGUCAAGGAGUCUGGCAUCCUGGUGCUGGGGGCCAUCGCUGAGGGCUGCAUGCAGGGCAUGAUCCCCUACCUGCCGGAGCAUCCCCACCUGGUCCAGUGUCUGUCGGACAAGAAGGCCCUGGUGCGCUCCAUCACCUGCUGGACGCUCAGCCGCUACGCCCACUGGGUGGUCAGCCAGCCGCCGGACACCUUCCUGAAGCCCCUGAUGACGGAGCUGCUGCAGCGCAUCCUGGACGGCAACAAGAGGGUGCAGGAGGCUGCCUGCAGUGCGUUUGCUACUCUGGAGGAGGAGGCGUGCACUGAGCUGGUCCCCUACCUGGCCUACAUCCUGGACACGCUGGUCUUCGCCUUCAACAAGUACCAGCACAAGAACCUGCUCAUCCUGUAUGAUGCGAUCGGCACCCUGGCCGACUCUGUGGGACACCACCUCAACAAGCCGGAGUACAUUCAGAUGCUGAUGCCUCCUCUAAUCCAGAAGUGGAACCAGCUCAAGGAUGAAGAUAAAGAUCUGUUCCCUCUGCUGGAGUGUCUCUCGUCCGUGGCCACGGCACUGCAGAGUGGCUUCCUGCCCUACUGUGAACCCGUCUACCAGCGCUGUGUCAACCUGGUCCAAAAAACCCUGGCCCAGGCCAUGCUCCACCAGUCCCAGCCAGACCAGUACGAGGCCCCUGAUAAGGACUUCAUGAUCGUGGCGCUGGACCUGCUCAGCGGAUUGGCUGAGGGCUUGGGGGGCAACAUUGAGCAGCUGGUCGCCCGUAGCAACAUCCUGACCCUCAUGUACCAGUGCAUGCAGGACAAGAUGCCGGAGGUUCGCCAAAGUUCCUUUGCACUCCUGGGGGAUUUGACCAAAGCUUGCUUCCAGCACGUCAAGCCAUGCAUCGCUGACUUCAUGCCUAUACUGGGCACUAAUCUCAAUCCUGAGUUGAUAUCAGUGUGCAACAAUGCAACAUGGGCUAUCGGAGAGAUAUCGAUACAAAUGGGCUCUGAGAUGCAGCCGUACGUGGCCAUGGUGCUGCACCAGCUGGUGGAGAUCAUCAACAGACCCAACACACCAAAGACCCUGCUGGAGAACACAGCAAUAACAAUUGGUCGUCUUGGUUACGUUUGUCCUCAAGAGGUGGCACCCAUGCUUCAGCAGUUUGUAAGACCCUGGUGCACCUCUCUACGGAAUAUAAGAGACAACGAGGAGAAAGAUUCUGCUUUCCGAGGCAUCUGCACCAUGAUUAGCGUCAACCCUGGAGGAGUGGUGCAGGAUUUUAUAUUUUUCUGUGAUGCAGUGGCCUCCUGGGUAAAUCCAAAAGAUGACCUGAGAGACAUGUUCUGCAAGAUCCUCCAUGGAUUCAAAAACCAGGUGGGGGAGGAGAACUGGAGGCGGUUCUCUGACCAGUUCCCCCUGCCUCUUAAGGAACGUCUGGCCACCUUCUACGGGGUCUAACCGUGUCCAUAGGAAUGGGCCUGUUCAAGGGGGUCAGUCCAUACGGGAGACGACAGGAGUCUCUUAAACCCAGGGAUAAGUUACCCUUUACUGGGGGGGUAGGGUCUGCCAGCUGGGGGAGGGAGGGGUUGCACACCCCUCCCCAUCCUUCUGGACGGGGUGGGAGGGGAGGAGUUAGACCAGGCACUCGACGCCCCCCCCCCUCUGCAUAGGCAAGGGGGGAGGGGGGUGACCUUCAGGCCAACUUUAUCAUUGGAGAAAAUUUAGUUUCAGCUAUCCAACGCAUCUCAAUCAGAGACUGAAGAGAAACGGAAAGGCCUCUUCUUUCGUAUUUUCACCAUUUUUAAUUUCCAGCCUUUCAUAAAACAUUCUCUAAGCUCCUCUUCAGCACUGCAGAGCAUAUAUCUGUUGACUCUGUAAAAGCUAUUUAGAUCGGGUAAAAUCAUGAGUUUUAUACUGACUGAGGGUGGAGGGAGGGUGGGCGGUAUUGUGGAGAAUCAAAAACCCAUCAGUCGGCAUCUACCACUCAGUGAUAGAUGUGGGGGUGAGGGGGAGGGGAACUACAAGCACUAGACUGGAUUGUACCAUAGUUGUGGAUCUGAAAUCAGGAAAUUGCCUGGAAAUGCAGUAGGUCUGUAUUGUAAUAUUGUUUCCGCAAUGGUGUGGACAGCUGCUAGUUAACAACUAACCGCGGUAUGGUAAUGGAGUAAAAGGCUGAUGAACUAUCAUAUUUAGAGACUUUUUUCUUUUUUUUAAGCCAGCAACGUUUUAUAGCCAAAAAAAAGGUGUCGUCCUUUGCAUAUCUUAAUAAGAGUAUGAUAAUUGCAUUGUCUUUACUUGUAGUCCUCAAUCAAAUGUCUGCUGUCUCUAGAUAUCUGAGUGGAGUGGUUGAAAACAAUAGAUUGGUGUGUCUUUAAAGAUUUAAAGAGACAUUCAAUUCAAGAGCAAUUCAAAAGUAAUUUUAGAGUAUUUCGAUUACAACUGGUCAGAAGUCGUUUACUCUGCCAGCCAGUCAAAAAUGGCAUCACAGAUGUAGUAUUAUUUGUUGUGGUUGAAAUUAAAGUAACUUGUCUUAACGCAGAGUGGGGGGGGGGGGGUGGUGGUGUGGGGGUAGGUAGCAUGCUUGCAUCAUGACAGGGAAGGUGGUGUUCAUCUUUAGAGUGCUGUGUGUGUUGCAUCGGAUAGUUGUGAUGUUUGCAUCACCCUGUGAUGAAGUUCCUUAACCUCUGUGUUUUUACUCCAUUUCAAAGUUUUUUUUUUCGUCCCCUCUAUGCUUGCCUGGGGAGCCUCUAUAAAUGUCUACUGUCGCAAGCAUGGCUAGGCUAUCUCGAAGGUAGCUCGUAUAGUAGUACGGUCUCUAGGAGCUAGGCUGUGGAUGAGAGAGAGUGUGUACAUAUCUGUAGCCAUCUCUUGAGCGACGCCGGUCCUCUUCUGUCCUGUGCCGUGGAUGUGGCGUGCUAUGUGCGUUUACCGGCAAGCAUAUCACACUCCCACAUUCUUACGUGAGUCGACGUGGCUUUACACUGCUCCGCAGCCGGCUCUCUUCCAGUGGGGGGGGGGGGGGGAAAUGGCAUACAGGUGUUCGUCAUGUAUAGUGUCCAUUAUCAUCGUCGUCAUCGCCAUGUUUGCGUUUCUAGAGUAAUAUUAGGAUACGAAUCUAGUCCUACAUUGGUGUUUGUGACCUCUGUGCUCCAAUGCAAACUCGACAAACAGCAAACUAUUGUUAUAGUGAAUCUUUUGUUCCUCUUUUUUAUUUUUUAUUAUUAUGUACUGUGGUUAUGCCGUUAGUUGUUUUUGCAUUUUGUGUUAAAAGCAUGAUCUGGAGGAUGAUUGUAAUGAUUGUUUUGAGUGAUUGUGUUUUGCGGGGUACUGAUCCCUUGCAUGUUGGUGGCCCUUCACAUCCCAGUCUAGCGGGGGGAGGGGGGGUAUUUUAAUAUUCAACAAAGCUUUGAAUAAAAAUAAAUCAUAAUUAAGGACUAUUUCUUUGCAAAACCCACCCUCUUUUUGCCAAUUUUCAUUGAAUCCAAGCCGACUGGAGCAUUUUACUAUUCGUGUUUAUCUUUAACUAUUGUCCUACCUAGUCAUUAACUUUUCAAUGCUGUGAAACCAAGAUUUAGGAAUACGAUCUUGUACUCAAUUUUCCCUUUUUCGUUUUGUGUUUGUUAUGGCUCUGAGAAUCAAAAAAAAGUGGAAGUGUUUGACUGUCUGAUUGUAUCCCAUGAUGAAGUUGUAGGUGGGCAGGGGUGGGGGAGUCUCUGCCCAGCCAAUCAACUCGGCUCUGCUGGUCAGAGAAAUCCCUGCAGUACUUUAAGGCCUGUGUUAAGGCCAUAUUAUGCACUCAAAAAGUAAGAUAUGAAAAUGUAAUAUGCAGUGCCGCUCGUACAUAAAUUGUACAGUAAUAAUUUAUUGAUAGUUGAUCAUGGGCACGUUAAAUAAUGCUAAGUUUAGAAGUAUUAUCCUCUCCGUUGAUAUGUUGGUAUAUUUUGUCUUUUUUUUUUUAAGAUAAAUAAUACAUUAUAAAUUGAAUGACCUAACUCUUUAAUUCAUUGAUUAUGAUUGUUAAAACUGAAUUUAAAUAAUAUUUUAAUGAGGAAAUUAUUCAAUGACAAUUAGUCCUAUUCUUUUAUUAUUGGUCAAAUGAAACAACAGAAACAAAGCAUCAUGGGAUAUGUGGAGGCACUUGUCUUUGUUUGUUGUGUUGUGCCAUGUAUAUUUGGUGUCCUGAAGUUUGAAAUAAUUUAGUCUUUGUCACAUUCCAGCUGCUUGGCAUGCAAACAAGGAGGAAGCAUGGCUUAACUGGGUCUGUCCACUUAGGACACUGCAUUUAAAGACACACAAACUAAAGAGCGAGAGAUAGCAAAAAUAUUUUUAAAAACGCAUUUGCUGUCGAUGUGCUGUCUUUACCGACGUCCUCUGCUAUACAAUUUAGUUUCUCUACUUGAAUAUUUGUUGUAGUAACCUCAGGUUGUUUUGUGUUUACCGCUGUUAUUUUGUUGUUGUUUUGCCUAAUGUAUGCCUUUUUCCAUCUCCCUUUACCAAAAGAGAUUAGUUGUAAACCUCUCCUAUUUCAACCAUGAACAGUGUGUAUAUGUGGAUGCUGUUCAACAUUGAUGUUAGAUACAGUAUGUGUGCUAGAUAGCUUACCAACAGGAUUCUGAGAGAUUAAAACACACACCAUUUUUUUAAUAAAUAUUUACCAGACACACUGAUAUUGAAAUCACAACUUUGGUGAAGAAGAGAAUAAGAAAUUGGAAAGAGUAACCUUGCACAUAAUACAUGCAACUUUGGCAAAGUGAUUGUAAGAAUUGUAGUCGUUUAUAUGUAGUGUAAUAAUAUACAAGAUGCCUUGAGAGCUAUUGGAUAAUAAUUUAGCUGAUUUAUCUGAAGAAAUAUGUGAUACGCACAAGCAACUUGUGCUCACGGCUAGGUGUCCAAACUGAGGUAUUUAAUAUUACAAAGAGUAUAAAACGCUUUACGUGUCCCUUUAUUACAGCGUCAACCAACAACAGCAGAAUGUCUCUUUCAAACGACAACUCCUGGAUACCCUGUGAUGUUUAUUUAACUAUGAAACUUGACUAGAAUUUCUCCAAGUCUGCCUUCACCUUCACUCGCUGUAAUGGGAGAAACUUCAUUUCGAAUUGUGACAAUAUGAUUUUAUUUUUAUUUUCCUUUUUGAUAAGUAAGCUGCUGAAAUUUGAGAAAAAAUAUUUUUUUGGGGCCACCAAAUAUUUUGGAUCAUGCAAAGAAUCUAUAUUGUACUGUAGUAAUUUUGUAAUAACAUUUGUAUGAGGUAAUGGAUGUGAAUGGUUAUCACUGCUUGGAUCUGUACAUUGUUGACAAUAAAUUGUUUACAUACAUAUGAAA